AUGCGCCCUUCCCUCCGGCCACCUUGUCUCCGCACACCAUGGCUCAAUCUCGGUUACGCCAUCCCAACGCCGCACAUCUACCUGUACAUCCCACGACGCAUCGCAACCACCUCGACCACCAACACUGCACCCAUUGACCUGCCCAAACUCGUCAUUUCCCCAGGAUCUCCCCACCACAAUUCCCUCCCCACCUUUCUCGCCUAUGCGCAACGAGUCAACCUCACACCGGACAAAACAAUCUACGUCGGCACACACUAUGAAUAUACAACCGCGCUGGCGCUCAUGCGUCUUGGCUUCUCCCUCUUGCGAAUCGGGAGAACUAAUGAUGCUGGCAUUGACUUGAUAGGCCACUGGAUCUUGGGGCCUUUGCGGGAACCCCUCCCUGUGAUUGUACAGUGCAAGGCCCGCAAGUUUGCCCUCAGCCCAUCCCAUGUCCGCGAACUAGAAGGCUCUUUCCAGGGCACGCCCGCAGACUGGAAGAAAAAGGACGUCCUGGGCCUCCUUGUCACAACACGCAAGGCUACAAAAGGCAUUCUCCAGACCCUGUCACAGAGUCGCUGGCCCAUGGGCUUCGUCCUCGUGUCUCGAGCAGGCCUAGUCGAACAAUUCGUGUGGAAUCGCGCGGCGUCAGAGAAAGGAUUAGAGGGCGUGGGCGUCACCGUCCGCCAUACCCCAAGAGCCCUACUCGACCCCGUCGACAUCGUACCAGAAGAAGAUCCACCCGAUGAGCCCGAAAAGACAAAAAAGCGCCACGAAAAAAAGUUCAAAAACACCGGUACACAAAAAGACAUCCAAUUAACAUGGAUGGGCUCCCCCAUCUUCCCAGACCGCCAUGUCCUCGACCCGCAAACCCUAGGUCUCAUGCGAUACAUCGUACCAGGCGACGACCCGCCCAAUCACGCCUCCCCAAUCAGAGACCUACGCUACACCACCAAAGUCGGCGUCCCAAAGUACAAAUCCACAGCUAUGGCCCCCAGUCCGCGGGGUGGCGAAGUCAGACGACAAGUUCAGGGCCGGCCUCGCACUGAAAUACCGGCCAGACCACGUGGUCGCCCAAGGAAGCUUGUAGAAGCAGAAACACCAACCAUCAAAGCAAAGAAAGCAGGCUCCAAAACAAACAAAAAGAAAGGCAUCGUCUCCGAAAUACAAACAGACGCAGAUCAGAACGACCCCGUACAACCCACGGCGGAAAAAAGACGUCCCGGCCGACCCAAGGGCUCAAAGAAUAAACCUAAACUUUCGGCUGAUCCUGGGUGA